AUGCGUAACUUACAAGUAUUUGCAUUAGCCACAUGGUGUGCUGUCGUGCAGGCGAGUUAUAUUUACGGCGGUUAUAAGGGAAACCAGGCAGUGUUCUCAGAGUACAGCGGACAUGGAGUAGGCUUAUCAGGAUACGGUGAACACGGAGUACCACUGUCAGUUAGCACAGCACACGGAGUAGGGCUGAUAGGGCACACUGGACGUGGAGUAGACCUUUCGGGGACUGGAGGUUACGGGCACUACCAGGAUCAGAGUGAAUAUAACCACGGUUAUAUUAAGGGCAGCGGUCAUAACUCCUAUGCAAAAUACGAUUUCAACUACGCAGUCUCCGACCCGCACACUGGUGAUCAUAAGUCUCAGUGGGAGACACGAGAAGGAGAUGUUGUUAAAGGUGCAUAUUCCCUUCUCGAGCCAGAUGGCACCACCCGACUUGUCGAAUACACUGCUGACAAGUACGGUUUCCAUCCCGUGGUCAAGCGUAUCGGAGUAGCCAAACAUCCGCAGCCAUACUACAAGCCUCACGGCUAUUCUGGUUUUAACUUACACCACUAG